AUAUAUGUACAAUUCAAACGUAAAAGUAUCGAAAAAAUAAUCGAUUCUAUAAUAGAAUCAAGAUCGAUUCAUCGUUCAGUUAUCACUCAUCUCUACCGGCAGAUGUCGCUAGUGUAAUAGCUUUCAUGCGCAUGUUCUGAUUUAACUUAUGACCGUUAACUAAAGACUGAAAUUUGCAAGAUUGUUUGAAAAUUUAUAACAAGUAUUUAAUUAAGGAUACGUAUAUCAUCUGGAUGUACAUUUCUAUUGUUUAGUGAAUGUAUGUAUUGAGUAGUUUUUGAUUUAGUCAUAAAAUGUUGUUAUUGUCGGAGAAUUGUAAAGAGAAUCAUUAUUAGUAUCGCAUUGUGAAGAGUCGCACAAUUGUCAAGAAACAAUGAAUAAGUAGAAUCGCACAUUACAAAUUUUUGUUUUCUGUAACACUCUUGAACAGUGAUGAAGUUAUUGUACCUAAAAUUAACUGCAUCAGUACAAACUAAUUAUGGCACAUGUUACUGAUAAAAUUAUGCAAAUCUUACAUAAAUGUCAUCCCAAUAAAGAUAAUUAUGAGGAUAAAUCGGGGAAUUUGAAUAAGUCCCUGGAAAAAAUCAAGAGUCAUGCAGAAAGAUUACUUAUAAGUAUGCCAAGUAUGCCAAAUAACUAUGUAGGAUGUGUUGAAUAUGCUAGUUUAAAUAAAAUGAUAGCUACCUGUAAUUUAAAGAUUGGAAAUGAACUCUUGGCUAUCCAUCAUUUAAUUGAAUCUCAUGCAGUGAUCCUUCGACAACAGAUUUUACAUAGGCAUCAAAAAACCCAAAUGCGCGAAUCCUUAUUGAAUAUACCACAAACAUAUGGGCUGAAACCAACAUAUGUGAAAUUUGAGACCAAAUUUUCAUACGAUAUAUUAAAAUCAAAACUGGUGGAACUACCAAAAGAAUGGUACAUACUCCAAGUUACUGUUCAGUAUGAAUCUUCAAACGUACUAAAGUACAGAAGUAUAUCUAACUUAAUGAGUGCUAUACAUAUUACAAUACUUCCAACAGGACCAUCUGAAAUAGAACCCCUAUGUAUAACUUUGCCAAAACCUGAGAUGGAAGUCUCUUAUGAUAUCUGUACAGAAAUAAAAAAUAUAUUAGAUAGUUACAAAACCAAGCUACAAGCUACUUAUACAAAAAAUGAAUAUUAUUGGAUAAUGCGCAAAGAACAAGAUAAUAAGAUGAAGAUGGCUAUAGAUGGGCUGGAGACUACAUGGUUGAGGGAAUGGAGAGUGUUAUUUAUGGCUGAUCCUAUUGAGGAUUUGGAAAUAAUAAAUGAAAUUCAUGAAAUGAUUGAUAAAUUGAUAUUGGAUUCCAAAUUUUCUGACAAAAUAUCCAAGCGAUGUAAAUGGCUCUUGAAAAAAGUAUCCACAGGUGCAUGUUUUCUUACAUGUGAAGAAAUAGCACGUGCAAUUAAAUUCCUACUUCCUGAAAUGAAAUAUGAAAAACUUGCAAAUAACAUUAUUUUAUCUAUUUAUGGCAUUUUAUCUCGUACAACAAAGUUAAAAGAUGCGAAACGGAAGACAUUAGUUUUAAUAAUUGAUGAACAUAUAGAUUACAUAGCAUUUGAAGCAAUGGAAAUCAUUAAAAACCAUCCUGUUACUCGUCUUCAAUCUUUACAUUUAGUGUACGCAUUAUUCAAAGAACAUGAGGACACCAUAGUAGAAGGAUGUAAAAUCAUUAAAGCCAAAGAGGACAUGGGUAUUUGCAUAGUCAAUCCGUCGGAUAAUUUACAUAAAAUGGCAAAACGAAUGAAACUUUUCAUAGACUUCUGGUUACCACAAUGGAGAAGCUAUUAUGACACAAAGCCUAGUGAAGAAAUAUUUGAAGAUGCGCUAGUAAAUCAUGACAUUUUAAUGUAUAAUGGUCACGGAAGUGGCACACAAUAUUUGUCUGGAGAAAAUAUUGAGAAGACAAAAGUGAAAUCGACCGCUUUAUUAUUCGGAUGUAACAGCAUGAAGUUACUUAUGAUAGGCGGAAAAUAUCCACCUUACGGUAUCGCAAACCAAUAUUUAAUAGCAUGCAGUCCUUGUCUCUUAGGCAUGCUGUGGGAAGUAACAGAUGUCGAUAUUGAUAAAAUGACUGCAGUCUUUGUGAGUAACUGGAUUCCGUCGACAUCCGAAAAAUCUUGGGCCGAAGUGGACAUUAACAGGUGGACGUAUGGUAGUUUAAAAUUCACAAAGAAUGCUGAAAAGAAUGAAACAAAAAUGGAGUCAGAAAUGUUGAGAGCAGUGGCAAAGUCCAAGAAUAUUUGCACACAUUACAUGACUGCAGCCGCGAUAAUAGUGCGAGGUUUACCAAUAAAGAUUGUAUAAAUUUCUCCGA